AUGAAUAAAAUGUCAAAUUCCUCAUAUAGACAAGAAAUUAAAGAAUAUAAAGAAAGAGAAGUUAAGGAAAUUAAAGAAAUUAAAGAGAAAUCUCUUGCUGAACUUAAUAAAAAGAAAUCACUUUUAGAUAGAAUAAAUAGAUUCCAACUUAAAAUAGAUGCCGAAACUGGUGUAUAUUUUGGUACUACACAAGAAAAAAGUGUUUACUUAAUAGUAAUAAUGAUAAUAAAAAAUAAUAAUAAUUUUAAUAAUAAUAAUAAUAAAAUUUUUACUAAUACUGGUGCCAAAAAAAAAAAAAAAAAAAAAAAAAAAAAUUUAAAUGAAAUAAUAAUAAUAAUAAUACAGACAUAUUAUUCUUUAUUUUAUGUAUUUUUAGUGCUUAUAAUUUUUUAA